CACACAGCUUUCAAUUAAUUUCCAGUUUUCUUUUGACCAAGGUGAACGAAAGACUUUUGGUUUCAGCACCCAAGUGGACUGGUAGCAGGCAAGGAAAACAGCCACGAUCUUUAAGAAUGCUGUGGAACAAGGUCAGGAAAAAAGUAAUCUCUUGUCCAAUCAGCAGACGGCUCCUUAUUUAGACUGUUUUACUGUUUUCCGUUCUCACUCAGGAAAAGGUUGAGUUAUUCACAGGAAUGUGUGCUUGACCCCACCCAGUACAAAUCAAUGGUGGUGAGAAUUCAGGGAACGCUGCGAUUCCCCUCUGCAUGGCUAGACCAUGGGUUAGCUCACUUUGUGCUGGCUUCUGAGUACUGGCUGAUGAGUUGCAGGGUAUUUCUCAUAUGGACCAGGAUGUUAAGGGCUUCUUUUCCCUGAGCACUGUGUAACCACAGGCCGUGCUACGCAGUCCUGGUAGGAAGUUACUCAUCUGUUUUCUCUUUUGUGCUGGAGUAUCCGGAUGCCUGCACGCUUUGUCCAUGGUGAUGGGCACAUUGCCACAGUGUCUGAUGAGGUGAGCAUUUACCAAGUCACAUAUGAAUUUACAUCCAAACUGAUCUGAAAUAUUUUAAAACAAGGUCUUUCAAUGAUCACAGCACUGUAGAGCCCAAGGCCAGUCCUCACUGACAGCAUUUGUAAAGUGGAGCCUUUGGAAGUCCUACAAAGCGCAUUCCCCUGGCCCAGGACAGGUUCAGAUGAUGUUCCUCAUCAUGGAUUUGAUUCAUCAUGGAUUUGAACCAUCACUGAUUGAUUCUAUUGGUAAGAGCCUGGAACCCAAAUUCUGAGGGCUAAAUUUGGCCCUUCUAAUAGAGAGAUGUGAUAUUGCAGUAGGAUAUCAUUCUCCUCUUGCUGCAGAGCACUGCCCAAGUUGGUGGAGUCUUUUUGUCUACUCUGUGACAUAGGCCAGAGAUGCCACCUUCAGGUUUUUAUUCCUUUGGUUAUUUCCUACACUUCUUGAGUGGGUGAGACAGAACAAAUAGUGCCUUCAUUGAAUCCACAGCUACAAGGAGCUGGAAAUCAAAGCUUCUCCUAGUGAAUGUUUUUCUGAGCAAACAAACUCUCCCAUCUUUCACCAGUGCAUUGGGCUGCCUGUAGAAAAUGUUUGUCAAAGCCGUGGCGGGCUGUAAGUGUUCAAGGGCUGGCUGUGUCCUGUGGGUGUGGGGGAUUCUUCCAAACAACAAGCAGAAACCUGAGCAGAAAUGGGAGGAGGCAAAGAGAGUGGAAACGAAAAUACUUCACACUUGAGAGAGUGCCAAGGACAAAAUCGGGUUGUAGGAACCAUUUCUGUGCUGGUAUGGCGUGGAUUCUUUGUCGUUUCUCGUUAAAUUGACCGUGUGCUGCUGCCAGUGGCAGCGCUGGCAGGUCUGGGAGCCCAUCCCAUCCCCGUGUUGACAUCAGGGUGUAUUAGGAGGUAACUGGAGGGUUAGUGAGGACUCCUUUGACUGGAGGAAGCAGCGUGGUGCCAGUCUGGGCUGGUCUCUGCGAUUACGUCCCCGCGGGUGUGUCGGCUAAAAGCCCGCAGGGAGUGGUGCAGCACUGACACAUGCGAGCCUAGCGGAGCCCGAGCGGCCACGGCAUCAGCUGAGGAGCGAUGGCAUCAGCAUCUCCCACUGCAGCCACCUCACAGUCCACCCUGCCCUCCGGACCGGUCGUCUUUAAAACCAUUCCCUACGCCUUCAUCCUGCCGGAGAUAAUCUGUGGGGCCUGGGUUUGGAUCCUCGUUGCUGCUACCUCAGUCUCCUUCCCACUGCUGCAGGGAUGGGUUAUGUACGUGUCCCUCACCUCCUGCCUCAUCUCCCUAUUGCUCCUCAUCAGUUACCUCUUCGGCUUUCACAAAAACAGCAACAAUUGGAAAGUGCUGGAUAGUUUGUACCACGGUGCCACAGCCAUUCUGUACAUGAGCGCUGCUGUCUUGCAAGCCAACGCGACAAUCAACUCCGAAUUCGGCUUCAGCUCACCACUCUACUACCAGCUCAACUGUGCGGCAUCGUUCUUCGCCUUCAUCACCACCUUCCUGUAUAUCCUCCACGCCUUCAGCAACUACUACCAGUGAGCCUGGUGGAAAUGGCACCAGCUUCACAUCUUCAGGAUGAGGGCGUUCCUAGAGCAAAGGCAGCACUGGGCUUCCAGAGGUGUCCUGGCACCUCCACCGACCCCGGCGAGACGCGGUUGUUCUUUCAGUUCAUUGAAAGUGGGAUUUUUGUACAGCGGUGUCGUGUCCUUUUGGUUGUGGGGCUGUUUGAUGCUGGGACCUGUGGGCUACAAGAGGGAAGGCUGCAUGUGGGCUCCAAUGUUCUUCUGAGCCCAGGGGAGAAGCCAGGCAGGGUUGGGAAGCAUCUCGUGCUGCCCCCCCCCUGCAGCAGCAUGCCUCACCUCUACCCCAUCCUGCCCCAGCCCCUGGAGUCCUGCCCCAGCUCCUCUGCCUUGCAAAGCCCUCUACAAAAUCCAUCCCUGCCCCAUAGGCUAAAGGUUUGCAAAUCAAGUAUGGGGAAAGUAAACAGCUUGGGCAAUCUCAUUACUUAAAGCCAUUUUUGCUCUGCUGCUGUGCCCAUGCUGGCACAGCACUGUAACUGCUCCUGUUCCUCGGGCUGCCUCUCCCACUGUGAAAUGUCACCCAGCCCCACCAGGCUCAAAGGUUGUGGACAGUUAUCUUGCUACAUGGGAAAUGAGUUAUUUACAAGCUGCUGAGUGUAGAGGGCACCCAGUGCAAGGGGUGAAAGGAACGUACCUUGAUAAUGGGACAGGGGAGCAUGCAGUGAGGCCAGGAGCUGCUGCCCACACCAGCCUGGGUGCAUUUGUGCACUGCUGGGAAGCCACUGAAUGGGGAUGCACACAGAUGGGGCUGCAAGGGGUGGGAGGGCAAGGGAGUGCAAUUGGAGGGGUUUCCUUGCAUUCCAAGGAGGAACCUUCCCCCAGCACGUGCAAGAAACUUCUUUGCACUCACAAUGGCAAUUUUCUCUAAAGCAGGGGGAAGUUCCUGCUGUUCCACAGGGCAUCUUCCUCCAAGCGUGGGGAAAAUAACCAUUAAUCCAAGUGGGAAUUUCAUCCGGUGUCAUGGGAGGGGGGAGGUCUUGGCCUUCCACAUGGAAAUUUCUGUCAAAGGGGGGGGUGGUAAUUACCCAGUAACCCAAGUGGUAAUUAGUCCCACAGCAAGGGAGGAAUUUCUAAUAUUUCUUGGGGAAAUUUCCUUUAAAACGAGGUAAUUUUUUUCUACCGUUUGUAGUGGAAAUUUCCUCACAUGUGAGGAAGGAAUUUCCUGACAAUCCCCAAUAGGAGCUCCCUGUAAAGAGCGAGCAAGUUCCCAGCAAACCACAUAGGAAUUUUCUUAAAAGCAAGGGGGGAGCUUCCUCCAAAGGGAGACUCCUUUUCCCCAUAUUCCAAGUGGGAAUUUCCUCCAUAGGGGAGCAGGGGCUCUCCUGGCCUCCCCACAGCCAUUUUCACCCAGCCUGGGAAGGGCUGUUGAUGUGGCAGAGCUGCCCCUUCCCCAGUUAGGUGCAGAUGGAGCACAAACUGAAACCAGCAUGAAAAUGGUAAAAAGUCUUCAACAUCAUUUUCUUCCUUGUGUGUCCUUUGAUAGGAAGGGGCUGCUAACCCAAGGAAAAUUCACUGAUAAUGACUGCAAAAAUGCACUGUACACUGAU